AUGCGUAAACGCCAACAGCCAACAGCAGCAGCAGCAGCAGCACCACAAGCAGCAGCAGCAGCAGCACCACCACAAAAACCAACAACAGCAGCAGCAGCACCACCACCACCAACACCACUACCACCACCACCACCACCACCAACAGCACCAGCAGCAGCAGCACCACCACCACCAGCAACAGCACCAACACCAACAGCAGCAGCAACAGCAGCAGCAGCAGCAGCAGCAGCAGCAGCAGCAACAGCAGCAGCAGCAGCAGCAGCAGUCAGAAACUUACAUGAGGAAUAG